AUGGCAACCACUACUACUCAUCGUCAUGUUUUGGCCUUGGCAAUGUUGUUGAUCGUUGGAAUCCAUAUUCUGGGCAACCAAAAGGUGGCAGCCUCAUGCCAAGAAACUCUUCCUCCUCUCAUAUCCAAAUGCAACCAAUUCGUUCGAAUUCCAGGCCCAAAAGUCCCACCAUCUGACGCUUGUUGUCAAGCGGUGAAACAAGUCCCGUUAGGAGACCUUCCUUGUUUGUGCAAGCUUGUUACCCCAGCUGUGGAAAAGGUGAUUAGCAUGGAGAAGGCGGUCUAUGUUGCCCGAACUUGUGGCCUUCCUAUCCCGUCAGGAUUAACUGUAUGCGGAAGUUACACCAUUCCUCCUAAGUUUGUUUGA